UUCACUUCACAGUUCACACACAACACUCUCUCUGGUUCUCGCAUCGUGGUUGCGAUCAACAAUGGCGGAGAGCACUGACAGCAACGGCGUCUACGUCGACCACGAACAACAAGAAGACCAACAAAAGCCGCCACCGCCGCCGCUGCAGCAGCGUCGGAGAAAGCAUGGACUGGUGACAACGGAGACUUUACCCGAGGUCCUCAACCGUCUCGUCACCGACAUCCUGUUCCCGGGACCAGCCGACGACGCCUCCCUGCUUCGCCGGAUCAAGGCGUCCGUCGCCGGCAACGCUCCUCUCCUUCCGGAAGCUUCUAGAAACUCCGCCAGCCACGUCAUCGUCUGGACUCGCCGCGGCAGCCCCCUCCGCGCGCUUCUCGUUAUCUCCGUUGGGGCUGUUACUUUCGUUGCUCUGACAGGGCUGCUUGUGUUUAUGCUUUUCUUUCUGGCGGCGACCAUAAAUGCCGUUGUUAUAUCGCUGCUGAUGUCUUUGGCAGCAGCUGGAGGGUUCUUGGCUCUUUUCUUUGCUCUUGCUACAGCUAUAUAUAUCGGAGCAUUAUCAGUAGCCAUAUUUGUGAUCUCCUUCACUGCAUUUUGGACAAUUGUGGCUGUUCUGAUAACCGCAGGCUGGAUGGGAUUCUUUUACACUGUUUGGCUGAUAACAAGAAAGAGUCUCGGGCUUGCUAAACACUCACUGAGCGUGACUAGCUCUGCGAUUUCAACCUACACUACUGCUCGGCAUGCCCGCCACCAAAUACACAAAGAUUCAGAUUAGGUGAUAAUGACAGGUAUUUGCUUAUGUACAAAUCUUUAGUUACAUUAGCAUGCUUUGUAAUGAGACAAGCUUUUGUUAUGGGCAAGAUGCCUGCCUUGCCUUGUUCCUUCACCUUCCACAGUUUGUUUUCGAUGCCUAUAUUUUGUUUUGUAUUUAUGAACUGAUAGAUGUUUGAUAACUGAUGAAUAAUACAGGUUAUUGUCUGUUGUGUUUGAAGUUUGAGGUAUGUAUAAAAUAGUGUUUUUCUUCCUUAGCCUGUUGUACAACAUAUAACAGUAUGAUUUUACA